AUGAAACGUAAUCAUUCUGGAUCAUUAUUAAAUUAUUUUAAAGUUGGGUCACACACCACACCUGCAGAAGUCCAAAAAGGAUCAGUUGCUAUAGACAGUUCAUCGGCAAUAAAUAAUGAUGCUACAGCUACAUCAAAUGAAUGUAAUGUUCAACCAAAUGACGGUAAUAACAUAGUACCAAAAUAUGAUAUAUCUUUAUAUGUAAACAAAAAAAUUAGUGACCAUGAAAAAAUUAAUUUUAUUAAAAAUAUGUGGGUUCCCGAUAAUAGUUAUACUUUUAAAACUCAACAAAUAGGUUCUCAAAAUAGAAAAUUUAAUCGAUUUUGGUUAAUAAAAUAUAAAUGGUUGGCUUAUUCGAAUUUGGAAAAUAGUGUCUAUUGUAAGAUGUGUGUUUUAUUUGCCCCUUCAAAUGCUGGCCACUGUUCUUCGCAAGCGCUUAAUCAAUUAGUUAAAACAGGAUACAAUAAUUGGAAAAAUGCUUUAGAACGAUUUGAAAAACAUUUACUUUUAAACUAUCAUAAAGAUGCUACUUUAAAAUAUGAUACUUUUAUUGAUAUUAUGAGUGGAAAAUUGUUACCAAUCAAUAAACAAAUUGAUAAAGAUUCACAAAAACAAGCCUUAGAGAAUUCGGAGAAACUUAAACCAAUUAUAAAAACAGUAAUUUUAUGUGGGCGUCAAAAUUUGUCUUUAAGAUCGCAUGAAGAUUAUGGAGUUUUUGAUACAAAAAUAGAGCCCAAUAAAAAUGAGGGUAAUUUCCGUGCUAUAUUAAGGGCUAGAAUAGAAUCAGGUGAUGAAAAUUUAAAAAAGCAUUUUGAAACUUGUGGUAAAAAUGCUACUUAUAUAAGUUGGAAUAUACAAAAUCAAAUUAUUGAAGCAUGUAAUGAAAUAAUUAUUCAAAAACUAGUCACUAAAAUCAAUAAAGCUAAAUUUUUUUCUGUCUUGGCUGAUGAAACUACAGACGUAUCAACCGUAGAACAAUUUUCUUUAUGUGUGCGAUUUGUUGAAUUAAUGAGCAAUAAUGAGUACAAAAUUGUUGAACAAUUUUUGAAAUUUGUUCCUGUUCAGUCUACAACAGGUCAAAACUUGGCAGAUGUUCUUUUAGAAACAUUAAACAAUGUUGGGAUUGAUUUAAACUUUUUACGUGGGCAAGGCUAUGAUGGUGCUUCUUCUAUGAGCGGCCAAUUUAAAGGCGUGCAGGCGUUUAUUUCAAAUAAAUACCCAACUGCAAUAUACGUACAUUGCGUUUCACAUAGUUUAAACUUAGCUUUAUCAAAUGCAGCUGAAGUAGUUCCAAUUAGAAAUGCUUUUGGCAUUAUCCAAAAAAUAUAUACAUUUUUUAAUACCCCGAAACGGCAAAAUGUCCUUCAAAAUAAUAUCGAAACAUCAACUUAUAAUUCAAAUAAAACGAAAUUAAAGCAACUUUGUCCAACCAGAUGGGUUGAACGUCAUGAUUCGGUUAUUAUAAUGAAACAAAUGUUGUUGCCUGUAGUUGCAGCUUUAGAAGAAAUACAGUCAUGGAAUUGUACAGACUCAUCGUCUAAUGCGUUCUUACUGUUAAGUGGAAUUCGACAAUCAAGUUUUAUUAUUUCACUAUUGUGUGCAGAGAAACUUUUAAGUUAUACUUUACCAAUCAGUAAAAUUCUUCAAUUGAGUGAUUUAGAUAUUUCAGAGGCUUUGAAUAACGUAGACGGUGUAGUAUUCGUUCUUCGUGAGAUACGAAGUAAUGUUGAAAAUGAAUUUAAAAUAAUUUUCGACGAAGCAAACGAAAUUGCUAAUGCUUUAGAACUAACAAUUACUAUGCCCAGAUUAACAAAAAAUCAAACCAAACGAUGCAAUGUACCAGCAGAAAAUGAAGAAGAAUAUUAUAGACGUGCCAUUUUUAUUCCAUGGCUAGAUUCUUUUAUAAAUAAUAUAUCCGACCGAUUUUUAAAGCAUAAAUGUAUUAUUAAAAGUUUUAAGUGUCUUUUACCAACUGGAAAUUCUCCUAAUCAAACAGAAAAAUCACAGUAUUUAAAACUUUUAGAAUUUUAUAAAAAUGAUAUACCAGAAAAUGGUGUUAACGCUGCAGUAGCCGAAUUUGAUUUAUGGUAUCAAAAAUUCCAAUGCCCAAAUCAUUCAUUACCACAUAAUGCAAUCGAUGCAUUAAAUUUGUGUAAUGAUACUCUAUUUGAAACUAUAUUUACACUUUUAAAAAUAUUCUCAACAUUGCCUGUUUCGACCAGUACAACAGAAAGAUCAUUUUCCACUUUGAGAAGAAUAAAAACAUACUUGAGAAAUACAAUGAGUCAGAAUCGACUGAAUGGAUUAGCUAUGCUUCAUAUUCACAGAGAAAUAGAUGUUCAAACUUCAGAAGUACUCUCAGUAUUGGGGAAAAAAGGACCAAGGCGUCUCAACUUUAUAAUUUAA